AAGAUCUCUUUAAGAUAUCUUUUUAAAGGUAACUUUUUGAGGAAUGAAAAAAGAUAUCUAUUAGAUAAAUAUAUUAAGAUGUCCAUAUCAAGAGAUCUAAAAGAUAUCUUGUUUGAGAAGUGUCUUACAUAAGAUAUCUAAAAGACAUCUUUUGUAGGAAGUCUAUUAAAAUCUCUUCAUAUUGACAUCAUAAUGUCAUCUUGAAAGUGAUAAAUUUGUAAUAUAAAUGCGCAUGCGCACUGUAGUAGUGUAGAUAACCUUAAAAAAUAAUACAACAACGCGGUGUGUACGGAGUGUAUACGGAGUAUACCAUCAAACAUAUAAUCGCUAUCAAAAUUGGAAAGAGAGCCGGAUUUUUUAUAAUUUUUUAUGUAUGUGCUUCUACGAGCUGUAACGAGUUGCAACAUAAUUUUUCCUCAAAUCGGUAUUAAACGUUAAGUGUGUAAUAUAGAAAUGUAUUUUGUUGUAUUUUGGAUAGAAUGGAGUGCUACGAUACCAAGUUGUUGGUUAUUUAUGGAAUCCAAAACUUUCAAAUGGCCACCCAAACCUAAAAAUCCGACUCAUUUAUGCAUUAAAGCAAUAUUACCAAAAGAAGAUUGGGAUACGAUUCAUUAUACUAGAUUUAUAGGACCAUUUGCUACAUAUAAUGAAGCCAGAGAUAUUGAAAUCCAAGCUGUUGAUAUUUCGACUAAUGAUGAAGAUGCAUUGCAAGCACUUGCAACAGUUAAAGUAACUAACAAUAAUAAGCCACUUUCUGUAAAACGUGCGAUCAAUAAACCGCGCCGUCUUUAUUCUUCUGACGAAGAAAAUCAGAAAUCAUAUGUUAAAAAUGAAAAACUUCUAAAAUCUAUAAAAAGUAAUAGUUUUCCUCAUCAAGACGAAGAUGAAGAUAAAGAAUCUGAUGAAGAUUCAGAAAAAGAUGUUCAAAAGAAUUUUCAAAAACCUCCAAUCCAAUAUAUUCCAAAAAAUAAGAAAAAGGAAAUCAUAAGCGAAGUUGCAGCAGGUGCGAUGAUAAAAUUUUGAAGUCCCUGUUUAUAA